UGUUUAAAACAAAUAAUUUUUUAACAAGCGUUUGUGAUUUGUCAGGAUAAUAAUAACAAUAAGAUAUCGAAAAGAUCAAAGCAAAUAAAUUCGACAGAAAUCUGAGAUUCGGCAAUAUAUUAAAGACCGGUUAUGUUCACCUAAAUUGUGUUUGGUAAAGACUGUCACUAUAUGUAGUGAACCAGUCUUCGGCUUAUACCCACUGAAGAAGAGCAUUCAGGGGAGAUAAUUGAGUAAUGACUUAAUUCUGGAACGGUUGCGAAGAAAAGCAAAUAAUGCGAGAAUAUUUAGUGCGAUUCGCUACACAAUUAUGAUGUCAUUGAUAUAACUUUUCCUGAGAAGAGCAGAAGCCUGUCCGUCUUUCACUGCAUAUGAUAUGUAAGAGGCAUCUUCCACCAGAUGGACAGAAAUGGGACCAGAAGAAAAUUAUCGAUGCCCUGAAUCAGAUCACACAUGUGCGUCUAGACAGAGAGAGGAUAGGGCAGAUAGACAGCCUGGAGCUGCUGGGGGACCGCUGUACCAACCUCUACCUUCAGUCGAAUCUAAUAGAAACAAUUGAAAAUCUUGAGUGCUUGAAAAACCUCACGUUUAUAAUACUUGCAAAUAACAGAAUUAGAAAGAUUGAGAAUUUGAAAUUCCUGAAGAAGCUGCUAUUCCUUGACCUGUCAGAAAACCAGAUAUCUGCGGUGGAUAAGGGUGACGUCCCUGCCAGUGUUAUCAUUCUGAACCUGACAGGCAAUCCCUGCACAAAUUACCCUCACUACAGAUUAACGACGAUAGCCGACUUCCCAAAUCUGCGUCAGCUGGAUCUGUGUGAGCUCUCUAAUGUAGACAAGAGGGAGGCUGGUCUGAAUGUGCCCAGUGAUGAAGAAGACGAGGAUGACCUAGACGACGAUGAUGAGGAGGAGGAGGUGGAGGUGGUGGUGGAAGGAGGUGUAACAAACAAUGUAGCACUGUCACCUGGCGAUGGUCUUGACAAUACAGAAACCCUCCAGGGGCUCACUGCAGGAAUUCUGUUGAGGUCCGCGGAGAGGACAGAAGUAGGGAUGCAGGAGCACAGGAAGCGCACCUCGGAGCUGGAUGACCUUCGAGUGACCUUGACCUUGCCUCCUAGCUCCAGGCUCUCUUCUCGGUCUGCCAUUCCUCACUGAUAUGGAAGUGUUUGUUGCUGAGCCUGUUAUCUUCCUAUGACAGUAUUUGAAAUAAGCGGUUUGAAAAAACAAGUUUGGUUUAUUAUUAGCGCCUCGUUCUGGGAAAACAUGCAGUAAUGUAUGUGCUGAAAGUGGUCCCGGAUAAACCUGUGCAGUUUGCACAGGCAAACCUGGGAUGUUACUUUCUGCCUUAACUUGAUUUUCUCUAGACGAAACUUCCUUUUGAUUAAAAAUACCAUAAAUGCUCAUAUGGAAGUGUUUGUUGCUAAGCUUGUUAUCUUCCUAUGAAAAUCAUUAAAAGAAGCGGUUUUGUCAAACAAGUCUGGUUUAAGUGUAACAAGCCCAUCUAACCCUUUCCCACUUAGAUACAUAUUUUGACGCAUUUGUAGUCCCUUAGAAAGUUACAUUUAAUUAAAUACCUUUCUUAUUAGCUUCAAGUUUUGCAGGCUUCAUUUCCAACUCUUAGAUACUGAUGAGCAGCAAAUAGCAUAAAACCUGAACAGACUGCGAGUUACUCAUAGGCUGUUGUGGUUUUAUUCUGGUUGCAAAAGCCAUUUUCACUGUGAUUCUUAUGGGGUGAAAGUUCUAUAUGAAACCUAUAAUCUGAACAAGCCCAGUUCAAAAUUUACCAUGGUAUGGUUAACUGUCUUGAGCUCAUUUUGAUCACUGCUUUGAUGGAGCUCAUACAGAUAUAGUGAUGACCAAUUUGCUAUUAAUUAAGGCUUAAUUUACAUUAAUCAUAAUUUAUAAAAAAUUAAACAUACUUAUUCUUAAAAUGAACUGACUCUUCUUUACAUGUAAAAAGAGAUUUGGAAUAGAACAAAAUAUAGAUUUUCUGCAUGAAUAAGCUGUACCUCUAUGUUUAUGUUGUUUGCACAACUAUUUGAACAAAAAUUGCCAGUAUAUUGUACACCCUCCCCUUAAGUUUUAUAUUGAUAUUGAAACAGCUGUUGUGUUAAUAUAAUGAUAUUUAGACAAAUUGUUGAUCCUAUGUUCACAAUUAAAAUUGAUGCUCUUGUUGUGAUUGUAAACAUUAUAAUGGUAUUGAAACAAAUAUGUUGAGUGAAUGUUUUAAUGUUCUUGAUUCUCUAUGCUGAAUUUAAAUAAAAAAAUUAUUGCACAUCUUUUUCUUUAUUUGAUGUAAUUAACCCAUGCUUAAUCCUAAGCCCUGAUUGCAAAAAAAGGUAACCAUGUUUAUGGUUCUUCAUUUCACUGCUUAAGUAUACAUUUUUUUUUUAAAGCUUCCUUAAAUGUUCUUACCAAUGUCCCCCGAUUGAAAAAUGUAUUAUCUUUCUUUAAUAGUUUAAACGGUGCUUACAGUAUUGCAUGAUAUUAAAAAUAAAACCGGUAAUUGAUUAAGAACAUGCCUCGUAGAUAUAUACUGAAUAGAUGAUUAAAUGUUGGUGCUUCAGUGGAAACAGCACAAUAAAGUAUGAAGUUAACCAUCAAACACAUUUAACAAAAGAUGUCACCCUGCCCUUUAUUUAGGCCAUCUUUCAUUUUUAGUCUGGCUAAAUCCCAACUUUACGGUCAAGUGAUACACAAUACACUUCAGGGUUCGACAUUAACUUUUUUUACAGCCAGACCAUCGGACCAGCUCCUCUUAAAAUGUACUAGCCCGAAUCUGAUGUCUACUAGACCAUAAAUGGCAUAGCAAAUAAACACAAUUGUGUCGUGUAAAUGUUUAAUCAGGUUUUAUCAGUAAAUAAUUAGUGAACACAAGAAAGUUAUUUUGAUGCACAGAGUAAAAAAUAAAAUAAAACUAUUUAAUAACAUAAA